UACACGUAACCUAAUUAUUCAAAUUCAUUUUUGACUGUUUGUCAUUUUGCAUAAAUUCAUAGUUUAGAAUGUAAGAUCAUAAUUCCACUAGAAAAAUUUUAUGUUGAACCACAAAUCACAAAAUGAUUAUCACCACCACCAGAACGGCACUUAGGCGAUUUUUUGGAAGCGUGCGUUUAAUAUCGGGGACUGCAGCUGUGCAAAAAGUGUCGCCGUCAAAGAAAAAUGAGAAAACCUCGGUGCAGGUUGCAGUCCUGGGCUGUUCAUCGCCAUUGGGCAGAUUUGUGACGUUAAUGCUGAAACAGAAUCCAUUACUUUCGAAUCUUCAUCUGUUCGGAGAGAACGCUUGCUUUCUGGCUUUCGACCUCAACUUCAUGGACACGAGAUGCAAAGCUGUUGCUUACGAAUACGACGACAAAUGUAUUGGAAAAGCCAUCAGAAGUGCUGAUAUAAUUUUAAUGCUGGGAGAAUGUCCGAAACAUCCGUCGUUGUCAAUAAGUGACUUGGUGAUGCAAGAGGGCGACAGGGUAAUGAGCUAUGUGAAAGCCUGUACCAAACACGCACCCAGAUCCGUGGUGGUGGUGGCCAUUCCUCCCGUAUCCGCGUACACGGCUCUUGUAAGGGCUGCAUUCAAAAAAACACCAUGGUACCAUCCGGGAAGAGUGAUAGGAUCGGCUGGAUUUGCGGAAGUAAAAGCUAAUUGCAUCUUAGCUCAACACACCCAAAUAGAUCACUCUUUGAUAAACGUGCCAAUAGUCGGUGGUCCAGAUAUAGAAACGGCGGUUCCUCUGUUCUCAAAGGCUUCCCCGGCCGGUUUACCUAUCAGUGACUGCUGUAAACUGCUUUCAGCAUUCAGAGGCGUUCGUGAAGCCGAUUUCCCCAAGCAAAUGGUUAAAGAAAAUUACUUUGAAAUGUCAGUAUUAGGAGAGGCCACAGGGCUUAACCGACUCAUAACCAGGCUUGCCUUUGGUCUUUGUGGAGAUAAUAAUUCUUGUUCUUGUGCAUUUGUCAGGACUAACAUUCUCCCAACUUGCCAACAUUUGGUGACAACUGUGCAGUUUGGUCCAACUGGAGUCAUUCACAAUUUUGGAAUUCCAGAACUGAACAAGUUGGAGUUAAGUCUUCUGGACAGGGCGAUGCAGGAUAUAAAAGUGAGGGAACAAAUGGCCCGCGAAUUUUCAGAAUAUGUUGAUAUGGAAGGAUACAAGAGUGACCCUGCGUUUGCGAUUAAACAUCAACUAAUAGAGGACGAAAAGCAAAAGAAAAUCGUUCGUCCUCUUGGACACUUAUAAAAAGAAAAAAUCUUACUUAAAAAUUUAUUCAGAAUUAUUAUCAUAAUGUAUUAACGACAUUUAUAUUGAUAAUUCUUAUUCAAUGUAAUUUGUCUGAAACAAGUACAAACGUCAAAAAAUGUAAUAAUACAAAUAAAUAAAGAGUGAUAAAAAAUGA